CCUCCCAUAUGAAGCUGAGUCCAGGAAAUUGUGGUCGCUUAGGCCUUGCAAGUUUCACAUCUACGGUGCAAAGUUUCAAUACGUGUUGCUCGGCUGGUGUCUCCGCUGUAAACCUCAAACCCACAGUAACUUAUUUAUUUUAAAACACAUUUUCCCCGUCGAGGUCCAGGUGGCAACGCUGACGGUGCAAGAUGUCGGUCGCAGGAUUUAAGAAGCAAUUUUACAAAGCAAGUCAGAUGGUGAGUGAGAAGGUUGGAGGUGCGGAGGGAACCAAACUGGAUGAAGACUUCAAGGACCUCGAGAGGAGAGCAGAUAUCACCAGCAAAGCAGUGGUGGAAGUCAUCACUAAAACAUCAGAGUACCUCCAGCCUAAUCCGGCAACGAGAGCUAAGCUUUCCAUGCUGAACACAGUGUCCAAAAUCCGCGGGCAGGUGAAGAGUCCGGGCUACCCCCAGCCUGAGGGCCUCCUGGGGGAGUGCAUGACUAAGUAUGGACAGGAUAUGGGCUACGACACCAACUUUGGUGGGGCUUUAAUAGAUUUUGGGGAGUCAAUGAAGAGGAUGUCUGAGGUCAAGGACUCUUUGGAUAUUGAUGUGAAGCAGAACUUUAUUGACCCACUGCAGGGAGUUGCUGAGAAGGAUAUCAGAGACAUUCAGCACCACCUGAAGAAGCUGGAGGGUCGCCGGCUGGACUAUGACUAUAAAAAGAAACGGCAAGGUAAAAUCCCAGAAGAAGAGAUCAAGCAGGCCCUGGAGAAGUUCCACGAGUCCAAAGAGCUGGCUGAAAGCUCCAUGCACAACCUGCUGGAAACAGAUGUGGAGCAGGUGAGUCAGCUGUCUUCUUUAGUGGAGUCUCUGCUGCAGUACCACAAACAGGCCUCGCAAAUCCUGGAGGAGCUUUCUGACAAACUGAGAGAAAGGAUGAAUGAUGCUCAGUCUCGUCCAAGGCGUGAAUACACACCUAAACCCAGACCAUCCUUUGACUAUGGAGAAGAAUCCAACGGAGGAUACUCACCAUCUGCAACAAGCCCUUCAGCUUACUCCUCUGCCCCAGCGCAAUAUCCAGUUCCAUCCUUCCAAAGAGCCUCCAUCAAGAGCAGACAGCAGCCGUGCUGUAAAGCCCUGUAUGACUUUGAGCCAGAGAACGACGGAGAACUGGGCUUCCACGAGGGCGACAUCAUCACCUUGGUCAAUCAGAUCGAUGAGAACUGGUUCGAGGGAAGCCUUCGCGGCAAAUCAGGAUUCUUCCCCAACAACUAUGUUGAAGUGGUGGUGCCUUUGUCACACUGAAAUCAGCAAGGCAAGAGGGGGACAGCGUGAUGGAGAGGAUGAAUAGGGUGAAUUAUUAACUUUCUAUGAUCAACAGAUAUUUUUCCUUAAUUGUAAUUAAAGGGUAAACAUCUCAAGAUGGACCUAAUUUUGUAUUUAGGAGUUAUCUGAGGAAAGAGCCUAUUUUAUUCCGUGACAUUAUGCCAAUAUUUAAUGGAUUUUUAAAAACAGUAAGGACAGAGGGAUGUUCAAUCAGAACAAUGAGGGUAUAAUGUUUGGGUGCAUUUACCUUAUCCUCACAUCCUUACACUCGUUCUCUAUGCACCUGAGCACUUCAUACACUACACCUCCACCACUGGGACUGAUCAAAGCAGCAUCCAAAAACACUUGCAGCAACUUUAUUCGUAGCCUAUUUUAUAUUCACAAGAUGAUAUUUCUUAUUCUAUGUAUUGUUCAUAUUGGUACGACACCCGUGCAUGUAUACACGUGCUUUCUUCUAAGCAGUUUUCUACACUCGCAGUUUUCAUUACUGUGCCUUCAGGCUUUAGUACUGUUGUCAUCAUAGUCUAGUUGGAGUCAACAUGGAGGAAUGGCUGCCUUUUGUCGAUGUAUUGAGACUAUCCUCUACUGCCACCUGGUGGAACUAGAGGUCAUUCCUAGCUCUCAGUUUGAGUGACACCAUCACAUGGCCUCCAUUAUUUCUUACAACCCCCCCCCCCAAAAAAUACAGAUAUAUUUAAAAAUAGCUGGAGCCAGUCAGCAGGAAAUAUAUACUGAUUGCUGUAUGAAAUGUUUUUUUUCAUUCUUAACACUACUGUUUAUCAGACACUUAUUCAAGACAAAAAAAGGUCAUUUCUAAAGAGCAAGGGGGUGUCCAUAAAUAUGCUUAGCUUUAUAAUCUUUAUCACACCAAUAGUUGCUAAGUUGUUAAUGCUUUAAUUUACCUUCAGCUCUUCAUGUUUCUCACUGCACUCCACUCUCUUCUCUUAGAGCUGUUGCCAAAGAAAGGUUGCACACUUUCCAGAUUGGAUGAGGCUGCUGUUUGUCAUUAAAAGAAAACAUGUUUCAUACAGCCUAUUUACUUCACAGUUUAAAAUGAAAAUUAGAUAUUUCUUGCCACUACAGUGCAACCCACAACUAUGUAACAUGAUUCACCCCUGCCCCAGAAAUGUUGCAGCAUCACACCAAAGCCAUAUGCAUGCAUCUUUCGGUUCCACUAUUCUCUCAGGCUCUAUUGAUACUGCUGGCAGUGUCGCUCACAAUAUUUUGUGGCCCUUUGCUUAACUGUUGUCAGUGAUUUUUCAGUCUGUGAUUUGUUUUCCCCCUAUAGUCCUGGGCUAAGCCUGGCUUUAGUACUCUAACCUGUAAUUUGGAGCAUGGAAAUUAAUCUGAUGUGUUUCGGGUGUUUUUGUACCGGCCUCAGUUUUCAGGCUGAAACUGUGCACCAGACCUGACAGAAAAUGCUAUCUCCAAACUACUGCGUUAAGAAUUUACUAAUAAUGAGGAAGGCCUGUACACAAUAGCCGGUUUCAGUUUCAAUUAAGUCUAUUACAAGCUGACUAUGGGCUGUGAGGGUUUGUGCUGUUCACUAAAAUGCCAACUUUCUCCUCUUGUCAUGAUCCCCUUGUUAGACCGCCCCCCGCCUCACUCAUCUCUCCAGUCUCUGUUAAAAUUGGGAGCGGAACAGACAGGUCUUUUCAGCAGGGAAGGGCACACAGCAGUGGCCCUCCCUCCCCCACUGGUCUUUAUUCACCACCUGCCCCUGUGCCCCGACCCCCUUUCUCAUUAUCGGCCCCAUCCCAAUCCCAUGGUUCCUCUGGAGCUCAGUCUCCUGGUCCUUCCCUGGAAUAAUCUCUUCAUUGUUAUCGUAGCAUGUGCCUCUUAAAUGUUAUGUUUGCAUGCCUCCUAUGUUUCAUUCAUGAGAUAUAUAUAUAUAGGGCCAGGGGUUUUGGCUGUGCAGAGUAAUAACUGUGGUUCAGGUGUGGGUUUACAUGCCUCAUUACACUAAGUCAAAAGCCCAAAGUUGGAGAGGGAAAAGGAGGGUCAGGGGUUCAGGAUCAGCUUGUGUAAUGUUGAUGGUGAAUAAUGUUGUGAAACAAAGGGAUGAGAUCAGUUCUUGUGUGCUGCUGCAGUCACAGCAAGUAUUAUCAGACUUUAAAGCUUUAUUUUAUUAUGCCUAAUGUUAAUGGAAUUUUUCUGUGAUAAAAUGUAACUGCUUUGCAUGUGUCUUCAUUACACCUUCUGUGUCUUAGGCAAUGCCUUAUUCUUGUAAUUGUGAUACUGUGGGGAGACUAAACGUGGGAUUAUCCUGGAUUAUCUUUAGGAUAUAUGGAUUACCUCUAUACUAAGUGUAAUCUUCUUUGUAUUGUAUAUUUUUGUUACUCUGUAAAGGGGAAUGGAUGCUGUUCAUUCACUUCUUCAAAUAAAUAAUUAAGUCAU